AUGUGGAAAACUGCGGCGCGAAAACCGCUCACGUGCUUCUUUUGCCUCACCCAGGACGCGACUCCCAACCUCAACCCUUACUACUGGAAAUGUAACGCGUGCGAACAAUGGAACCGCCGCAAUACGAAUGGAGAGAUCGUUCCAGAUCCAGGAUCGCAGAACGUGUAUAUGAAUCAUGCGAGUUGGCAAAGAAGAGCCGCUUUGCCCGACAACGCGUUCCCACCAGGAACACCGUGGUCAACGUUCUGUACUCAAUGCGUGACCAACCAAAAGCUGAUUGUGGAGAUGUUAGCUAACUACAUCCCCGAGGAAUCUGACUCCGGAUAUCAUGCGGCCCUCGCUAACAUCGCCGCGUAUCGUGCCGAUCUCGAACGCCGUUACCCUCCUCUUUGCGAAGAAUGUCGUCCGCGCGUGGAGGCAGAACUCAAAAAACGUAGCGAUGAGGCCACUGCGGAGAUUAGGGCUAGUAUGGCGACGAGUAGUGGGCCUACCGUAAGCGGAACGCCCAUAAAAGCCAUGAAGGAAGGCAGGAAGGAAGGCGGAGACUUGAGCACGUGGGAAGUGUACGUUUGGAGGAUAAGAGGAUUUCUCUGGAUCCUGGGACUGGUCUUGUCUGUGGCGAGGUGUGUCAAAGUGCUUGUCCACCCAUCCGAGGUUCCGCAAGGCGCCAGCGCGGUGCGAGAAGUACUCAUUACAUUGAUAUCCAUAAUAUGGACUUCGUGGAACCCGAAAUGGUUACGCUACCGGAGAUAUGUGCAGGCAGGCGUGCCCACCCAAGUUGUCGGGUCGCAUAUAUGGACCGCCUUUCAAAUUAUCAUCUAUUUCUUCCGUCUCUUGCUGUCGAUAUCUUACCUCACUCUGACCUCUGCCAUAUUCUCCGAGCCGCGAGAGGUGUCGCAGAUCCUUGGCGCCAUCAGCUUGACCGCCGAUACCCUCUUAAACUACAUCGCAUAUCGAACAAUCAUGAUUAGGAAGAUACCGACCGUCAAGAGGACACUAGCACCACUUGGUGCUGCACCACCUAGACAGACAUUCCACGAGAACGCAUUGAAAGAACUUCGUCUUUCCGACUCUCCCCAACUCACACGAACACCGACCAGGCAGCAACCCCCUCGACGCGCAAAGACAGCGUCGCCCCAUUUCACACCCUUGCAGCCAAACAGCAUCAUUCGAUCUUCCUCACUUGCCCCCGCACAAACUUCCGCUACGAUUCUGUCUCCCCCUCGCUUUCCUAGCACCCCUUCCUUAGCCGGUUCAUCUAUAGCGACAGAAGACGACAUCACUCCCAUGGACGUUGACCCUCCUACCUCUCAGUCUACUUUCACCGAUAUCUACUUGAAGCCCCAAACAUAUCCACCGCGAUUCUCCAGUACCGGACUUGAGGACCUGCUCAGCAAUUGGAGUCUCCGCGACGCCUCUCCUCCAGCGCUUGACAGGAGAAAAAUCGGUACUGCGUGGCAGGAGGUCGGCGUCCUUGAGCUUCUCGAGGGUCUAACGCUCUGUGUGGGAUGGACCAGCGGGCAGAUGAGGGCGAUGCAGAUUGCUUGGGCUUGCAUUGCCGUGCUGGGGGUGUACAGACUAGGUCAGAUGCAGAGAGUGGAGGUUGCCGUCGCCGCUGGUGCUGCGCUCUUGAGAGCCGCGCUACCUCUACCUAUAUUAGCAGCGUGGAUGGGCACCUCUCCCGCUGUAGAAGCGCUUCUUUGGGAUGUUGUAUGUGUGGCUGUAACACUGACUGCGAGGCUCUCCGUGAAGCGGCACGAUUGAUGAUGUUAUGUAUCCUUGGUUGUAGUCACG